CUACCAAACAGUAGUAAAAGCGUGUGUACAUGUUGACAGUGUGGAUUUACGAAAAAAUACACUAUUAUGACAUUCAUGAUUUCGUAGGACUUGGAAGUGUUGAAACACAUUGAAUGCAUUUAAAGUUGACAUAUUUCUGUUAGCGUUACAUGGAAUGUAGCAAAUACACAAACAAAUUAGAGGAUUUAUCUCAAGCCCGCGGGAGACUGUGCACUACAGUUGUAAUCAGCCUUCCAACAGCGCUAGUUGACAGUCAAUCGCAAGAACUACCAAAGUGUAUGGAUGUGAUGUGCGAAGUACCCGUGUAGUGUGAUGCGGCUUGUUGUAUUGUUAUAUGAAAAUAUACGACAAUAUGGCACCCAGUGUAACAUGUCAGCUAGUUCGUUUGGACCAACAGUGCAUGAGAAUGUUCUUGUAUCUGGUUCUACUCGGACGCUAUCUUGUGACGGCCGCGGACUUGACGUACACUAUUUAUGAGGAUAAGCCAAAGGAUACUCCGGUGGGUAACAUUGCACAAGACUAUGACUUCAGGUCGCUGAUGACGAUGGAAGAUUACAACAAUCUGCAGUACCAGAUCCUAAGGACUGGAAAUGACGUCACCAAGUACUUCCGGUUGGUGAACACAACUGGUCAGUUGCUGACCACAGAACCAAUUGACCGGGACAACAUCGCACAGUGUGUCCGACUCAGCAAAUGUGUUUUGUCGUUUGAUGUGGCCGUGGCCUCAAGUGGAGCGUUUUUCCGUAAACUUACCAUAGACGUUAACGUUACGGAUUUAAAUGAUAAUAGUCCGUUGUUCACACGAAACGUUGAAACGGUAAAUUUCACUGAAAAUUCAGCGGAGGGCACCGCGUAUUCAAUUCCUGGCGCAACCGACAAGGACGCUGGAAAUAAUACCGUCAAGAAUUACUAUAUUGAAACUGGAAACGUCCCAUUCGACGUCGAAAUGGAAACGUACGUCGACGGCAGUUCUUUUGUGAAGAUUGUUGUGAAAGGACUUCUGGAUCGCGAGAAAACAGGCUCGUACAACAUCAAAAUAAUUGCAGAGGAUGGAGGAACUCCAAAACGAACCGGAAGUAUUGACGUCAAGAUAAACGUCUUAGACUCAAACGAUAACUCACCAAAAUUUGCUCAACCGUACUAUAACGUAACUCUGAACGAAGAUACGCCACUGAACACCGUCUUCCUUACAGUUUCUGCCACAGACGACGACGCGGGUGAAAAUGGUCAAGUCGAGUACAAGCUAAGCGCCAACCAAAAGAGUCUCAAAAUUCCUCAGAAAUUCGCAGUUGAUCAUGUAUCCGGGAACCUUAGCGUCAUUGGGCAGCUCGAGUACAUUCCAAACGAGGACCUGUCAAUAUACGUUGAUGCCUUCGACAAGGGCUCCUCAAGGCGUAGCUCGAAGGUGCUGGUGCUGGUGAACAUAUAUGAUUCCAUCAACAGCCCGCCCAAGAUCAUUCUGAACAUUCUUCAUGGCGACCGCGUCUCUAUGGUGGCCAGAAUCACCGAGUACGCAAAUGUGGGCUUUACAGUAGGACUGCUUAACGUCGUUGAAACGGAUUACGACACGGAGCGAAAUGGAAAGGUAGAUUGUAUUUCUCUAAAUGAGUUUUUCGGAUUAGAGAGAUAUGACACGUAUGCUUAUAAAGCUGUUGUAAGGCAGCCGCUCGAUAGGGAACUGAAGGACAGACACGAGGUAAAGAUUGUGUGUAGGGAUAACGGGUCGCCACCGUUGAAUGAUACCACGACGUUCACUGUAGAAGUUCUAGACGAGAACGACAACUCUCCGCGAUUUACGCAGAACACGUACUUUGAAAAAGCGGCUGAGAAUAACAAUGUGGGCGAUAUCGUUGCCAUCGUUAAAGCCGAUGAUUUGGACCAGGCGGGAACUAAUAAUUCUAAGAUCGUAUACAAACUGGCGGGCACGGGUGGCUACCAGUUUUGGAUCGACCCGGACAGUGGGCAGAUUAGGGCCAACUUUGUGAUCGACAGAGAGAACAGGUCGAGAUUCGAACUUCAAGUGAUCGCCGAGGAUUUAGGAUCACCCCGUCUGUCGGCUGUGGCACAGGUGAGCUUGUCAAUCACAGAUGAAAACGAUAACCGACCCGUCUUCUCUCAACCAAAUUACGAGUUCUUUGUAUAUGAAAACCUCCCAUACAACACCUCGGUGGAUCAGUUGACGGCGACUGACAAAGAUGAGAGAGAGAACGGCACAAUAGUGUUCUCGUUCGGUAAUCCCGUACCGUCGAGCUUUCCUUUCGCCCUUUAUUCAGAUGGUAACAUUAAGGUGAUACGCAGUCUGGACAGGGAGAUACAAAGCGAGUACCGGUUCACCGUGUUCGCCGCGGAUCAAGGGAACCCGUCUUUGACAACUUCCGUUACUGUAACUGUUAAUGUGCUAGAUCAGAAUGAUAAUCCGCCGGUCUUUGUAUUCCCUAAUAACGAUAACAAUACUGCGACAAUACCGCUAUCCAGCGCACCGGAAUCAGUCAGCGUUGAGAUACGGGCUACCGAUAGGGAUUCCGGGGACAAUGGGCGUGUGUCUUAUGCAAUCGUUGGGAACAACACCGGGGUCUUUUUUAUGGAAACAUUCGCCGGCAUCGGCCUGGUGAAAGUUCGCCGGCUGCCGGCUGAUAAUGAGCCUCUUACGUACUCGCUUGAAAUUAAAGCAGAGGACAGUGGGAGCCCACGUAAGGCUACAUUCCACUCACUAAAUGUGAUCUUUAAACGCGCGGUUCCCCCUGAGGAGAAUCGCACAAACUUUAUAAUAGCAAUCGUACUCGGCUGUUGUACAAUAGCUAUAUCCAUUGUGAUAGUGUUAAUCAUUUACUUUAUUCGACGAAGCGAUUAUCGCCGACAGAAAAGGGAGGCUAAAACAUAUAGUGAUACUGAUAAAGCUGAAUUUCAAAUCAGGCCAGAGAUUAAGCAUCCGUCGGACUUGAAUAGAUCGUCGUCGUCGUCGUCGGGGAGCAAAGAGAGUCUCAAGAAGGUCAGCUUCACGACCGACCACAACUCCAGUAUGGAGUCCGAGUCCCACAAGGACUUCUCGCACGCGCCCCUGGUUACUAUGGAGACCAAGGUGCUGGACAAUGGCCGACUCCACAGCACUACGUCCAGUCUUCGGAGCUUCUCGCCCCACCCCCAGGAGUCCGAUAGUAAGAAGCCCGACCCUGCCUCGGUGCUCCAGAUUCAUCGAACGCUGUUGCAGUCACGUGAUCCAAUGUGGACCAAUCACAGAGAGGCUCAAACACCACCCUUAACUUCGGAAAUUCUCGCUCAACACGAGGAUAACCGAAGCGAGUCUUCGGGUGAAACGGAAACAUAUGACAGUGGCCGAGGUGGCAGCGAGUCGGACAUUCAAACGUCAAUGUCCCAAUCACAUGAGAAUGAUCAUAUAAAGACUGUCACAUUCGCUAAUCAGCCAAAGUUUCAUCAGUACCACAAGGAGAACCAUUGGUCGGACGUCAGGAACCUCUUCCCUCAUCCUUCCGGUGGCCUCUCCACUUUUAGCCCUCAAAAGAAGCCAUCUCUACCCACACGGGAUUACCUCACAUCACCCAAACCACCUAGUCAGCUUAGAUACGCACCGCAACACUAUAAUGCAUCCAAGUACCUCAAUAAACUUUCCCCAAUCACGGACGGCCUCAGUCGUAUGACGUCAUAUGACGAAGAUGACGAAACCACAACAUCAGGCAGUUACACGAUCGAUAAUGAUCCUGAUUGGCUGAACGAGUCCCAUGGUAGUCCCCGCCCCUACUUCCUGUCAAGCAACGAGGCUUAUUGCUGAAACUGUGAUAGUCUGUGACCAAUACUCAUGUGCAAUACUUCUCAGCAGUCAUAAUCCACGACUUGUAACCAAAGUAACGACGCCUCACCAAACGACAGAAAGGGGCAGUGCAAACGAGACUUACUCAUGUUGUACCGGAAGCAUAUUCGCAGACGACUCCGUGUCACGUUUUUCCAUGCCCCACAUCGGCGUCUGUCACAGUCAUGUAGGACUGCAACAUUCCCACCAGCCAUCUGCUUUAAAAGGGGGUUUAAUGCAUGUGCGCAAAGUGUUGUCCCAGAUUAGCCUGUGCAGUCCGCACAGGCUAAUCAGGGACGACACGUUUCGCCUUAACUGAAUUUUAGCUAAUAAGAUAAUUUCUAUAAACAAAAAAAUCAUUAAAGCGGAAAGUGUCGUCCCUGAUUAGCCUGUGCGGAUUGCACAGGCUAAUCUGGGACGACACUUAACGCACAGGGAUGACACGCGUGUAAACAUUAUGCAGUUUGUAAACAUGUAUAUUUGUAAAUUGAUGAAAUAGUUACAAUGCCUUUGACGCUUGUAUGUAAUCUCCAAACAUUGUGUAUACAUCUACUGUGUAUACUGUUUGUGAAGUUCUAUUUAAGUGAUACAUGUUUUUAUCGUCUAAACGUUUAUAUUUAAUACUGAAUAUUUUUUUCUUUGAUUUUAAUAAAACUUGACAAUUCGCUAGAAUUUCGUUCUUUCGCAUGUGGUAUCAUAAGAUGUUAAAACCAUGUAUUCAAAUAAAAAAUAUGUAUUUUUCAAGACAAGCUACUAUAUAUUUGACUUUGUCAACUACAGCAUUUAUCUGAACUAAUCUCUGCUAACAUGCCAAGUACAUUCAAUGUUGAGUUUGUGAUGCGUGCUACAAUAUUACAUGUUCAGAAAUCCAUAUGCUUUAUGUGUUUGUUCAUACUAUUUUUAUGUAAUAUUAUCACGUUUGUGUUAUUGAUCUCGUUGGUUAACGUUACAGUUGUAUGACGUCAGAAUCAUGUUGUAGUCUUUUUGUUCGUACAUUACAUGAUGUCCGAAGCUAUAUAUCACUUAUUGAUAGAUUUUUGUAUUACCUUACGUUGAAAUAAUAAUUGGAUUUGACGGUAUAAUGUUGCGGUAAGCUAAAAAUUGAUUUGUUAAUGUAUAGUAACAAUAUGAAACUUAUGUGUGUAUAUUGAUUGAAAAUUAAAUGUGAUAUGAACUAAACAAUUGUAUUUAUAAAAUGCAAUAAAAGGUGCUAUUAUAUACAUGUAUAUGAAAUAAAAAAUUCAAUAAAAA